AUGCUCGCUGCGUGGUGCGUCCUGCUGAUGGCCAGCUUGAUCUCGGCACAAUCCUCGUCGUCGUCGUCGUCAUCUUCUCUGUUCUCCGACUCGCGUUGCAACUCGAACCUCUGCCUCAGCGUCAUCUACAGCCCUUCGCAAAAGGUGUACAACAUGACCAUGUCGACCGAUGGCGGCGGAGCACCCAACGGCUGGUACGCCGUGGGCACUGGCAACAAAAUGAAGGGCUCCAACAUGAUGAUCGGCUGGGUCGACACCACUGGCAACGUCGUCAUGUCGCAACGCACCGCCUCGGGCCACGAUGAUCCCGUCACCACCAUCACGGCCGCGGCCGCCACGAUGCAUACCAAACAGUCGUUUUCCAACAGCUCGGGCACCUCCACAUCGUUCAUCUGGGCCUUGAACAAGAACAACAACCCUGCCUCGAGCACAUCGGCUCAUCUCAAGCAGCACUCGGACUAUGGCACAUUCUCGCUCGACCUCACCAAGCCCUACACGCCUUCCACGUCGUCGUCCUCGUCGUCCUCUGCUUCGGGCUCGAACAGCAACGGCACGCCCCUGACGCCAUCCACGGGCGCCAACAACCAGGCCACGUCGACGCGCGUACUCAACACGAGCAACAAGCUCAUCAUUGCACACAUGAUCAUGAUGAUCCUCGGCUGGUUCAUCCUCGUGCCUGCCGGCAUCCUGGUGGGCCGAUUCGGACGCACCUUGUUCACCUGGUUUCCCGUCCACCGCGGCCUGCAGAUCGCCGCGUUUGUGGUGGUGCUGAUCGCCUUUAUCCUCAUCGUUGUCGAAGUGGGUCGAGGCGGCGAUGGCCACUUUGAGAGCACGCACGGCAAGGCGGGUCUUGCCAUCUUUAUCCUCAUGAUCGUUCAGAUUGCGCUCGGUGCUGCGGGCCACAAGACGAAGCGCUUCAACGUGUCGAGGAUCGUGCAUGUGGUGCUCGGACUCGGCGUGACGGGCGCUGCCAUCUGGAACUCGACCGAAGGACUCAGCCUGUGGGACUGGGGCCCGCCGCGAUGGGCCAAGUGGAUCCUGUGGAUCUGGGCGGCGGUGCUUGCUGUGGCGUACCUGGCUGGACUGGCGCUGCUGCCCCGCGAUCUGCGACAGUGGCGUCAGUCGCAGCCGGGCGCCGAGGAGAAGCAGACCUACACCGGCCUCGAGCCCUACCACUCGGGCGGCGCCUACGAUUCUCCGGCUGAUUCGUCGCAGCUCCACCUGUCCGAGCAGCACGCGCUCCAGCAGCAGCAGCCUUACCAAGCCAACGCGCAUCCAGGUUGGGGUGCUCAGCCACUGCAGACCAACAACGCUCAGUAUGGCUACGAGGCGUACGCACAGCCGUACCGUGGCUAG